GAGUCACUCCCCUAUCUGUCUCCAAGUCUCCAAUAUCGCACCGCGCUUUCUUCCUUCCCCGUCGCCGAUCGAGACGAAGCGCAGCACGCCGGUCCCCUUCACCCCCGCCCGCCAACGUCUCCGGCCAGGUUGGAUCCAUGGCGGAAAAGAAGGUUGUGCUGAAGUUGGACCUGCACGACGACAAGCAGAAGCAGAGGGCGCUCAAGGUCGUCUCCACUCUCCACGGCAUCGACCAGAUCGCCGUGGACAUGAAGGACCAGAAGAUGACGGUGGUGGGCACCGUGGACCCCGUCGACCUCGUCGGCAGGCUGCGCAGCAAGCUCAUCCCCACGGCGCAGAUGCUCUCCGUCGGCCCGGCCAAGGAGGAGAAGAAGGACGGCGGCGCCAAGAAGGACGACGGCAAGAAGGAGGGCGACAAGAAGGAGCCGGUCCACGUGUACACGCCGUGGUACCCGCCGCCGCCGCCGCUGUACCACCCGCACCCGUACUACCACAACCACAGCGCCGAGGAGGACCCCAGCUCCUGCGUCAUCUGCUGAUCGGCGCGCGCCGCUCCCUUGUACAUUUUGUAGCUGGCCGUGUGCUCUGCUGCCUGCCGGUCGACCAUGCCUGCUACGGUGAUCGACGGCGUGCGCCAUACUUAAGGCCGUGUAAGGAUUUUGCGCCGGUCAUCCAGCUGCUGUGCUUGUGCAUCUGCUUAGUUUAUAAAGUGCAGAUAUGGGAUUUAUUAGUGUGCAGAAUUACUAGUAGUUGAUAGAGCUGCUGGAGUUGGAUUUUGAGUGAAAGUUCACCGACUGCUCUGCUCUCCAAUGUGAUAACAGGGUAGUGAAAUAAUUAGAUCAAGUGCUCUGCUCUCCGGUGUGGUAAGAAAAUAGUGAAAUAAAAUAAAGUCAAGGUGCAAGAGAUUGAGCGCG